UUUGGCGAAAACUACAAUGUACAAUCCCAACUCCCAAGCCUCUGCUCCCAAUUCGGCUGCCCCUUGCUGCUCAUCCAGGUGACCCGGCUGCUCUGCGGCGGCUUCGUCUUCGCGAUCCGGCUCAACCACACCAUCUGCGACGCCAUCGGCCUCGCCCAGUUCGUGUCCGCCGUCGCGGAGCUCGGCCGCGGCCUCCCCGCACCAACCGUUGCACCGUCAUGGUCCCGCGAGCUCCUAGAGGCACGCAACCCGCCAAGGCCGACGUUCCCUCACCGCGAAUUUGACGCCGUGCCGCCGCCGCCGCCUCCGCCGCCGGGUGAUAUGGUCAUGCGGACGUUCACCUUUGGCCCGUCCGAUAUCAGCGCCAUCAGGAAGAACCUCCCACCGAACCUCCGGGACACGGUCACGACUUUCGAGGUGCUCACGGCGGCGCUCUGGCGCGCCCGCACGGCCGCGCUGGAGCUCUCGCCGGACGAGGACGUGCGCCUGGUGUUCAUCUCCAACAUCAGGGGCUUGCCGGAGCUGGGGCUUCCCGCCGGCUAUUACGGGAACGCGUGCGUGCCCAUGGCGGUGCUGGUCACCGUGGAGGCCCUGCUCGGCGGCUCGCUGGGUGACGCGGUGGAGCUGGUGCGUGAGGCGAAGGCGACAGUGACCGCCGAGUACGCGCGGUCCACGGCCGACCUGCUGGUGCUGCGCGGGCGGCCGUAUGUGGCCAUGUCGAACCUGUUCCUCGUGUCCGACAACCGGCACGCUGGGUUCCAACGCGUCGACUUCGGGUGGGGCGAGCCGGUGUACGCCGGCCCGGCGGCGACGGUGUUCGGGUUGAGCUUCUUCGUCCACGUCGGGAACGGCGGCGGGGUGGGCGCAGUUGCCGCGAUGAUCACGCUGCCGCUCCCGGCCAUCGACAGGUUCGCGUCGGAGGUGAAGACGUUGAUGAAGGGUUAGUGACGCGUUCUGGGAAGGCCGGCCGGUAGCCAAGGCAGGGCCGCGCCGCCGCGCGAGACCAGCAAGCCCCUGCCCGGAAUUAUCAUGUGCACCGAUCAAACAGUAAUAGAGAAAUUCAUCGCCUAGCGCGCUCCUUUUGAUUUCGUUUCCUCCUUGCUCCUUAGUUUGUAUGAUCAAUAAUGUAAGGAAAACUCUAACUUUGAAUCGA